CCCGCGCUCAGCCUGUUCGGCGACGCGUACGACCUGCCGUACUUCUCGGACGAGGGCGAGGGCGCCGUGUCCGAGCGCGCCAGCACGGCCGUGGCGUCGCGCCCCACCUCCAGCAUCCUCAGCGCCUACAGACAGGCGAGGAGAAAGAUGAUAACCAUUCCGUCUCCCACCCACGCGUCUUCGGCUCCCGACGUUCUUUCUUCCAUCCUCGAAAGCCAAACGUUACUACACUCAAAAAAAUCUGUCGUCUCCAUAUCUGUCGACGGAAGUGUUAAUAUUAAAUUAGAAACCCGAGAGUCUAUGCGUAUACCUAAGAAAAAUUCAGACAAUAAUAAAGAACAGGGGAAGUUAGAUCUAACGCAGGACCAGGACGCUGCGAGGAAAGUGCCGUCGUACCCGGGACAGUCCCGCGGCGGGCGCGGCUGGGGCGGCGGCUACACCGGCAACUACCACCGCGAGCAGGGCAGCCUCAGCCGCGGCCACGACGCCUACGGCUACCAGCCGCGCCCCGGCGCCGCCUUCGCCCAGAACAACCACGCGCGUCGCGACGACGCCGACGUUUACAAUAACUAUUCCAGAAGACCGCACCAGUACCCGAUAGGCGACGACGCUAAUUUUGAUCGAAACAGGAGGCAAGCGCCAGAACAAAAUAGACCUCAGAAUAAUCAACCUCCGAACCAGCGCCACAACGAGCAGAACCAGGGCCGCUACAGCCUGGCGCCGUCCUGGCAGCCCUACGUGCCGCCGCCCGUCGCGCCGCGACAGGACCCUCCUCCCGUUCAGCACAGGCAUUCAUUUGGAGGUUUUGAGAAUCCCCUAGACAUGAGAAUGGGCCCAAUUCGGCGACAAAACUCUGCUAACAGUAAUCUAGAACCUGUCGGUGGAGCCCAAGGCCAGCAAGCGACGAAGUCGCAGCCCUACCGGCCGCUGCCUGAACCGCCCAUGUUCAAGUUCGAUAAAACGCCCGAGCUCGAUAAGUCUGAGGACGAGAAAAGUGAUUCCAGUUUAGUCAUAGACACUGAGAAAUAUGAUCCCACUGAGCCGACAAACGACGAUGAUGACAGCGGCGAAGAGGUGCCGGCAGCCGCGGACGCGCAGCCCGAGGCCCAGAGCGCGGCCCUGCCCGGCGCCCAGCCCGCCAGCGCCGCCGCCCCGCCGCCCGAGCCGCAGGGCCUGCACGGCGCGGACGGCGGCGUGCCCGCCAGCGUGCUGGACAGCGCCGUGCGGCAGGUGCUGCGCGAGCACCGCGGCCUGCUGGCGCCGCCCGCGCCCAGCGACGACGACUCGGAGGGCGACUGCCCCAACUUCUCCAUCUACUCGGCCGCCAGCGUGCACAUCGCCAACAGCGCCGCCGCCCCCGCGCCGCCCGCGCCCGCGCUCAGCUCCGGCCUCGAGGACCUGGUGCAGGAGGACGACGACGAGCCGCCCGCGCGCCGCCCGCCGCCCCCGCCGCCUCUGCCGCCCUCCAAGAACACCUCCGACGAACAAUUCAAAGAGAAAGUAUCCAAGAGAUGUCCCAUCACCACCAAUCCGCGAAAUCCAAUUAAGAUAAAACUGAAUACGCCGUCUUUGAUUAAACGACAAGUCAGUCUGUACGACGAAGAGGAACAAGACAUGGAAGACGAGGACGUGGUGGAAGACGCCGAGGUGGCGCCGGCCUCCGCUCCCACUGACGACGUGCCGAACGAGAAGGCUCGCAGGGAUGCUUCGCCCGCUAGAGACGAAAUCUUUUCCGAUCUCGCCCCCGAUACUAAAUCCGUGGGGCCGGUCGAGGCCAGCACGGAAGAGCCGGUAAAAAUGCAAGAUCCAGUUCCGGUAACAAGUUCUGCCGAAGUGGAGAAAGAUGUCGAGGAAGCGGCGAGCAGUCAUGCGGAUAUUGACGCGUCAGAACCUGGCGUGAAAGCGGACGAAGAGGAAGAGUCGGAACACCCCCCUCGCGCCGCCACCCCCCCGCGCCGCUCCGCGUCCCCCGCCCCGCGCCGCCGCUCGCGCAGCUCCGACAGCGAGCGCGACGACCUGUCCGCCGGGGACGACCUGCUGCCGCUCGACGCCGACCGCUCCACGGCUUCCGCCGACAGGAACGAUGACCUGCUAGAGAAAAUGACUGAAUCCAUCAGCGAGACCGAGGACGAGAGGAGCUACACGCCCUGCCUCGACGAGAACAAGUCCAAGGAUACCUCCAUGGAGACCGAGAAGGAGAAAGGCAUAGAGGGACUCGACACCGAGAUGAUAUCCGAAGACGAGGGCAACGAGAUGUUCUCGGAACCGAGCGCGCCUCCCCGCCCCUCCCCGCCGCCUCGCCCGCCCGCCGCGCGCGAGGACGGCGAGCUGCCCGACAGGAAGAAGGAGCCGCGCCCUGACGACGCCAAAAAGAAGAAGAAGAAAGAUUCUAAGAAGGAGGGCAAGGACAAGGGCAAAGGCAAGACUAAGAAGGGCGAGAUCGCGUUCAAAAAGCUCAGCAAAAGUGGUAAAGAGAGAAAUUAUAGAGAUAAAGAUAAGAAACGCGAGCGGCGCGAGUCCAGCGACGCCGACCGCGAGCGAGCCAAGCGACGCAAAGAGCGCCGCAAGGACCUCGAGCGGUACGACGUGCGGACCGUCGUCUCCGAGAAGCGGCGCCGCCCCAAGGACGCCUUCGGCCGCGACGUGUCCCCUCCGCCCUCGCCCUCCCCGCGCCUCACGCCCCGCGAGCCCUCCCCGCACCGCCGCUCCACCUCCCGCCCACGCCGCUCCGCCUCCCGCCCGCGCCGUUCCGCCUCCCGAGCUCGUCGAUCUGGCUCUCGCCCGCGCCGCUCGGGCUCCCGCGCGCGGCGCUCGGCGUCGCGAGUGCGGCGCUCCGCGUCCCGCGCCCCGCGCUCCGCCUCGCGCCUGCGCCCCACGCCGUCCGCCUCGCCCCGCGCCGCGUCCGCCCGCGCGCCGCGCCGCCGCCGCCGCCGAGCGCGAGAAGCGCGCCGAGCCCGCAGGCGUCGCGAGACCGAACGCUCCCGCAAGAGACGACGCUCCGGCUCCGGGUCUAAGAGCCCGCGCCCGAAACCCGCCAAGAAGAAGAAGCGCGUCCGCUCCGAGCGCUCCGCGUCCCGACGCCGCUCGCCACGCCGGCGCAGCCCGCGCCGCCGCCGCCUGCGCCGCCGCUCCGCCAGCCGCUCGGCCGAGCCGUCCCCGCCGCGCGCCGCCGAGCUGGCCGGCUCGGUGGACUCGCGCCUGCUGUCGCCGCGCACGCCGCCGCCGGAGCCGAGCCGCAGCCGCGCGAGCGGCGCCGCGACCGAGCGCCCGCGCCACCGCCGCCUGCGCGACGCCGCCGGGCCCUCCAAGGAGGUGUUCACCUCCGGCGACAACAUACUCGUCAGCGUCAGCUUCAAGGAGCAGGAGCGCGACGACGGCGACGAGCGACGCGAGCGGAGGCGCGAGCGUCGCCGCCGCAAGCGAGCCGCCGCGCCGGAGCCCGACGCCGCCGCCCCGCGCCCCGUCGCCAUCAUCGACCUGGAGCGCUCGCCCUUCCGCGAGCUCACGCCGUCGCCGCGCAACGUCAUCGUGCUCAGCGACAGCGAGCCUGGGAGAAGGAAGCCGCCGUCGCCGCCGCCCGCCGCCGCGCCGGAGCCGGCACACGGCGCCGUGGGGCCCAAGACGCCGCCGUCGCCGGGCCGCGCCGCCGCCCGCCGGCGCCGGAGCGGGCGCGGAGGAGGCAACACGCCGCCGGAGCCGCCGGACUCGCCGGACGCGUACGACCCGUACGAGCCCACGCGCUCGGCGUCGGCGUCGCCGGGCCCCGCGCGGCCCGCCAGCCCGGCGCGGCCCUGCAUGACGCUGGAGACGGCGCAGAAGACCAACAUGUCCGCCGAUGAGGUCAUCGACCGCCGCCCGCUCUCACCUAUCGAAAAGGUCAUGGCGCUCCUGCAGUCGACGCGCGACGUGUCGCCCGAGCCGCCGCCCGGCGACGCCGCCCCGCGCCCGCCGCCUGCCCCGCCCGCCCCGCGCCCGCCCGCGCCCGCGCCCGCGCCGCCCGUGCGCAUCGUGCUGCCCUCGCCCACGCGCUCGCAGCCGCAGCUGUUCCUGGCCAAGCCGUCGCCCAUCAAGUCCGACCCCAUCAAGCCCAUGCAGGCCACCAAGAUCCAGCGGCCGGCGGCGCUGGGCCCCAGCACGGCGGCGGUGGCGGCGCGGCGCCGCUCGGGCCCCGAGUCGGAGGCCGAGGCCGAGUCGCCGUACUCGCCCGGCUCCAGCGACUUCGGCGACCUGUUCGAGCCGCCGGCCGGCGCCCGCGGCUUCGACGCGCUGCUGGAGCGUCCGCGCCGCAAGGCGGGCGCCGGCGCCGCCAGCAAGGUGCCCGUCAAGCUCAACCGCAAGAAAGGUAAAACGCAGGUGGGCGUGAAGAUCGACGAGGACAACCUGAAGAUCCUGGACGACCUGCCCAGCUCCGCCGUCGAGAUGCAAGUGAAGAGCAAAUUCCUCAAGAAGCUGAACCGGCAGGAGCGCGUGGUGGAGGAGGUGAAGCUGGUGCUCAAGCCGCACUACAACAAGAAGCACGUCACCAAGGACGAGUACAAGGACAUCCUGCGCCGCGCCGUGCCCAAGAUCUGUCACAACAAGACGGGCGAGAUCAACCCGGCUAAGAUCCAGGCGCUCGUGGAGGCGUAUGUGAAAAAGUUCAGAAAAAAACAUAAACUAGGACUAGUGUAGUGACGCUAGUUGUAUUACAUAGUGUAGCAUAGUGUAGAGAAGUGCGGUCCCCGCUCAGAUGUUUUAUCAGAAUAUUGUAAUUAUAAUUUAUGUAUGGACGAUCUAUUUUACUUAAACUUUUAUUUAAAUAAAUAGUAUUUAAUUAUGAAAUUAAUACAA